AUGCAGUUAAAUCAAUCUUGUAUGGGUAUAGAUGUACCAUCAUCAUCAUCAUCAUCAUCAUCAUCAUCAUCAUCAUCAUCAUCAUCAUCAUCAUCAUCAUCAUCAUCAUCAUCAUCAUCAUCAUCAUCAUCAUCAUCAUCAUCAUCAUCAUCAUCAUCAUCAUCAUCAUCAUCAUCAUCAUCAUCAUCAUCAUCAUCAUCAUCAUCAUCAUCAUCAUCAUCAUCAUCAUCAUCAUCAUCAUCAUCAUCAUCAUCAUCAUCAUCAUCAUCAUCAUCAUCAUCAUCAUCAUCAUCAUCAUCAUCAUCAUCAUCAUCAUCAUCAUCAUCAUCAUCAUCAUCAUCAUCAUCAUCAUCAUCAUCAUCAUCAUCAUCAUCAUCAUCAUCAUCAUCAUCAUCAUCAUCAUCAUCAUCAUCAUCAUCAUCAUCAUCAUCAUCAUCAUCAUCAUCAUCAUCAUCAUCAUCAUCAUCAUCAUCAUCAUCAUCAUCAUCAUCAUCAUCAUCAUCAUCAUCAUCAUCAUCAUCAUCAUCAUCAUCAUCAUCAUCAUCAUCAUCAUCAUCAUCAUCAUCAUCAUCAUCAUCAUCAUCAUCAUCAUCAUCAUCAUCAUCAUCAUCAUCAUCAUCAUCAUCAUCAUCAUCAUCAUCAUCAUCAUCAUCAUCAUCAUCAUCAUCAUCAUCAUCAUCAUCAUCAUCAUCAUCAUCAUCAUCAUCAUCAUCAUCAUCAUCAUCAUCAUCAUCAUCAUCAUCAUCAUCAUCAUCAUCAUCAUCAUCAUCAUCAUCAUCAUCAUCAUCAUCAUCAUCAUCAUCAUCAUCAUCAUCAUCAUCAUCAUCAUCAUCAUCAUCAUCAUCAUCAUCAUCAUCAUCAUCAUCAUCAUCAUCAUCAUCAUCAUCAUCAUCAUCAUCAUCAUCAUCAUCAUCAUCAUCAUCAUCAUCAUCAUCAUCAUCAGGCAAGCACUAA